AAACUUUAUAGCUAACUUCAAUUUUAUAGAAUUAUAUCUCCUUCUUUGUGGGGCUACAGAGACAGAGAUUGACAACCAAACCAACCUGGAAAGACAUUACACUUCAUUGGAACAAAACCUGUUCGAUAAUUUGACACAGUGAAAUUGACAAAUAGAAGAAAAAAUUUGCUCAAUUGCCCCUCAAAUUCACAACUUAGAACAACAAACUGAAGAACACGAGGACGAAAACGAGGAGGGUGCUCGCCAAAAAUGGGGAUUAAUGGGCCCAGCACUGAAAACUAGGGAAACUAUUAUAACCAGCUUUUAUACUAUUUUCCCUUUUCCCCCUUGUUUUUUUGUCUUUUCCUUUUUUUUUCUUCUUAAACCGGAGCCUUUGGUAACUGAAUUUGCAGAGUUCGCACGUGUAAAGCUUCAUGCUUUUGGCGUGCUCUGACGAUUUUAUAAAGGAUAAAGUCUCAGCAGCAAAAGGGAUUUUAGUUUUACCAGCUCUUUUCAGCUGGGUAUUUUUUCAGCAAAGAGAACUUUUGCAGUUUAAGCAAAACCAUUUGUUAGUAAAAAAUGGAUCUAUUUUUUCAGCUGAAUUUUCUCCAGAAAAGAAGUGUUUCAAUGCGCUGAUUCAAUAACAUAAGGGCCCAGUUCUUGUGGCUGAUCUCAUAACUGUGCAAUGGAUGAAAAUGGCAGCUCAAAUUCAUUCAUCACAACAUCUGAGGAGAAAAUAGACAGCUCAAAUUCAUUCAUUCAUAAGGACACGAAAACCAGAGAUCAUGAGCUUCUGCAAAAGCUCGAAGAUGCACAAAAACAGAUCGAGCAACUGAAGAAAACGAGAAGCGACGAUGGCAAGGCCAACGAGAAGGUCGUGGGCAUUUUUGCAGCCCGCGAACAAUUUUGGCUUAGUGAAAAAAAGAAGCUCACAGAAGAAAUCGAUGUUCUUGUGGAGGAAUUACGAGCCUUAGAGAAUGAAAAGGACAAAUCCAUUUCCAAACUCAACGAGAAGUUGAACGAAACCGAAGCUGUUUUACUUUCGAAGGAUAAAUCCAUUGAGCAAGUGGAGCAAAAAAGACGAGAAAUGGAAGAAAAUUUGAAAAAAGCCGAAGAUCUCGUGCAGGAACUGAGAGAAAAUUCGAACCAUGAGUCCCAACGCCAUUCGAACGAGAUUCUAAAACACAAAACGGCAUUCAUCGAGCUCGUUUCGAAUCAAAGGCAGCUCAAAGCAGAAAUGGGUCGGGUCCUCAGGCAAUUCGAGGCUGCAAAGCAAGAGCUCGACUCAGUUUUGCUCCAGAAAGAUCAGUCUGUCUUGAUGGCACAACGAGUUUCCAUGGAACUCGUCAAAAUGCGAAAAGAUUUGGAGCAGAAAGAUCAGAUUUUGUCUGCCUUGCUGAGGAAAUCGAAACUGGAGGCAGAUGAAAAGGAGAUGCUUUUAAAUGAAGUUAAGUCGUCGAAGGUUAUGAGAAAGCAGGCUGAGAUGGAAACUGCCAGGUGGAAGGCGGUUAUGGAGGCAAAGCCCGAGAGACAUUCGUUGAGAAACAUUUUGUAUAAACGUGGGAAUAAUGUGAAGUCUGACGUGUUUUCGGGUGGGAAAGGAGUGAACUCAAAGUCCGAUGUUCUUUCGCUCGGGACUAACUUGUGUUCGACUGGUGCAGCUGAUGAUGAACUGAAGAUGGCAGCUGAAAUCGAGCCUCCGUAUAGCACAAUCACCUCCGAAGCCGAAUCAUACGAAUUCGCGAUAAAGCAGAAUCAUAACAACAAUCUCGAAAUAGAUGCAUUUGCCGAGCAACUGAGGCUCAAAGACGAAAAAAUGGAAACUUUCAGAUGGCGCUUGCUGAGCACAGAGAUCGAGUCCAAGAGGCUGCGGGCCCACAUCGAGACCCUCAGGCAGGAGAACCUCAGGCUCGAGGCCCUGCUGAUGGACCGUGAAUCUGAGCUGCAUUCUCUCAAGGAGCAGCUUGUUUCGCAGUUCAACCCCCCGAAUCUCCAGAAAUUGCACUUUGGUCCCUCUCCACCCGCAGACCACGAAACUGUUUGGUCUAAAGUGAAGAUCAUCAAAAGAAAGCCCGAGAAAGAUUGUCGGGUGGGCGAAAAUGGAAAAGUAGACGAUGAAAUUAGAGACCAUGAUCGAGCGCGGGAUAUAGUUCUAACGAUCGAGUAUCCACAAAAGGACAAACAAGAAAAGAAAGUUGCUGCUCAUCAUAUUCGGGAGAAAAGUGUCGAUUCGGAUGCUGCUGCAAGUGUCGAUCAAGUGACGAGCAAGAAAACGAUUUCGGGACUGAAGAUGGAUAUUCAGGCGCUCGGUGUGUCGUACAAGAUUAAGAGACUUAAGCAGCAGUUUGUUAUGCUCGAGAGGCUGACUGGGAAGCAAGAAAGUGGCGAGAGUAGUGAAAGUGAAAACGGGCUUCUCGGGAUUAAGGGUUUUUAUGCACUCACGGCUUUACUGAACAAACAGGUCGACAGGUACCAAUCGCUGCAGGGGAAAACGGAUGAUCUUUGCCAAAGAAUGGAGGAAAGCAGGCUAAAUUUGAGAUGUGUGGGGCCCACCGUCGCUAAAACAGUGGAAGAGACCAAAAUGCUCGAGCAGUUUCUCGACGAGACCUUUCAGCUGCAGAGGCACAUUGUUGCGACCGGCCAGAAACUAAUGGAGGUGCAGGCGAAGAUCUCGUGCGGAUUUGUCGAGGAUGAUGAAAAGACCAUAAUGCCCUCGGGCUUCGACGUGAAGCGUUUUGCUGACAGCAUACGAACGCUUUUCCAGGAAGUCCAGAGGGGCUUUGAAAUUCGGAUAUCGCGAAUUAUCGGGGAUCUCGGUGGGACCCUCGCGAUCGACAGUAUUAUACACUUGAAGAAAUAGUUUCUUUAGUUUUUCCUUUUUUUUAAAAAAAAAAAAUUCUGGUUUGAAAUGUGAAUAAUGAGAAUUAAAGGCCAGGUAGAGGAGUUUGUUUAGAGUUAUAUAGGUUUUAUUCACUUACAGGUUUUCAUGGUAAUGUAAUUUAGGAGGUAAUCUGAUCUAUUUGAAUUCAUCAGGGGUAGUUUUGUCUUUUCCAAAUGUGUAUCCAAUGUUUGGUCCAAAUUAUGAUGAUUUUAGCUGGAUAAAUGAUGAUUAGUUGGCAAAGUUUUCAAUCUGCA